GGCUCGUGUCUCUCAGACUCCCCGCUGAAGGCCGUUCAGAUGCUCUGGGUCAACCUGAUCAUGGACACCUUCGCCUCGCUGGCUCUGGCUACCGAGCCGCCCACUGAGGCCCUUCUCCGGCGCCGACCCUAUGGGCGCCGCAAGCCGCUGAUCUCCCACACCAUGAUGAAGAACAUCCUGGGGCACAGUAUCUACCAGCUCGUCAUCAUCUUCACCCUGCUCUUCGCCGGCGAGAAUUUCUUUGGGAUCGACAGUGGCCGGAAUGCCCCUCUGCACUCGCCUCCCUCGGAGCACUACACCAUCAUCUUCAACACCUUUGUCCUGAUGCAGCUCUUCAACGAGAUCAACGCCCGCAAGAUCCAUGGCGAGCGCAAUGUGUUUGAGGGCAUCCACACUAAUCUCAUCUUCUGCUCCAUCGUCAUUGGCACCUUCGCCUCCCAGGUUGUCAUCGUUCAGUUCGGUGGGAAACCGUUCGACUGCACCCCGCUAAAUAUCGAGCAGUGGUUGUGGUGCCUCAUGGUGGGAAUUGGGGAGCUCCUCUGGGGACAGGUGAUCGCGUCAAUCCCCGGCAACCGGCUCACGUUCUUGGAGGCCAGGUUCGGGAGACAGAAGGAUGACCUCUACGACGAGGAGCUGGCCGAGGACGAAGAGGAGAUCGACCAUGCCGAGCGUGAGUUGCGUCGCGGGCAGAUCCUCUGGUUCCGCGGUCUGAACCGGAUACAGACCCAGGUACGCCAAGCCAGGUAUGGAACCGGGUGCGACUAA